AUUCCUCUAACUGUUUUGAAUACGGAAGUGGUGGUGGUGUGGUUGUCAUCUGCAUUGUAAAUCUGUACUGACAAUGUGUGAGUAAAGAAAACGUUGCUGUUGCAAGCGUCUUAAUAGCAACUUGAAUUGGGGCACUUGAAGGAGAGAAACUUUUACAUUUUGGGAUUUUAACUGGGUAUCAUGAAUAACUACUCUCUGGGUGAACGGUUCCAAAUGCGAUUACUGCCUUCGAUGUAUGGGAUUGAAUUUUGUGUGGCCUUGGUCGGUAAUCUAUUUGCACUGUGGCUCCUGGUAACCAAGGAGAGGAAGAACUGGCACACUGGUGUGGUGCUGUCGUGUAACCUCGCCAUCAGUGACCUGCUCUAUGUCCUCACCCUGCCUCUGCUGAUAGUCUACUACACGCAGAAGAAAAACUGGCCCUUUGGAAAUGCAACGUGCAAACUUGAGCGCUUUCUGUUUACCUGUAACCUGUACGGGAGCAUCUUCUUCAUCAUGUGCAUCGGUGUGAAUCGUUACGUGGCCAUCGUGCAUCCGUUCUUCACCCGGACUCACGUGCGCCCCGCUCAUGCCAAGGCUGUCAGCCUCAUCGUCUGGAUCAUUUUGACAGCCUUUUCCUCCCCUGUGUUGACGUUUGCUUCCACAUGUCAGAAAGGAAACGUGACUUACUGUGUCUCCCAUUGUGAAACGAAAUCUGACGAGAACGCUCACUUCAACUAUAAGCUAUUUCUUGCUCUGUUUGGGUGUUUUGUUCCCUUUCUGGUCACAUUUGCUUCUUAUAGCGGAGUUAUUUGGGUUGUGUGGCGGAAUUCUAAUAUUACCGCUCUGGAGAAAAGGAAGGUGGCACUUAUGGUGCUGUCAGGCAUUGUUUUGUAUGCUGUUUCAUUCUUGCCCUAUCAUGUUUUUCAAAGUUACCAUUUUUAUCUGAAAAAAAAUGGCAAUUUUGAUAGGAGUAUCUAUGAAGCCUACCAAGUGUCCAAGGGUUUGGCAACUCUGAACAUGUGCAUUCAUCCCCUUCUCUAUAUGGCUGUGUUUAACAGCAUCAGAGUCGCUUGCUGUGGAAAAAGCCAAGAUGACAAUGUAGGCCUAUAGAGGAGUUUGAGGACACCUUUAUGGUAUGAAACAUCUUUGCUUUGCUGUAUUUUAUGAUAUGUGAAUGGUACAAACCGACACAAUAAUGUAUGUACGAUGAAUAAUUUAAAUAAAAAGACCAAAUUAGACCAUCAGUCCUCUGCACCGUGUUUCAGGGACAGCCGUGCCUGUGGGGGGCGCUCGAACUUUCGUCGGGUACGACAUUUUCUUUUGCUCACGUCCCCUUUCCGAUGUUCUCUGGCCGCUGAGCGCACCGCGAGGAUGCCGUCGAACGAAUACGACGAUUCCAAGCCCAGCUGGGCCGAUCAGGUUGAAGAGGAAGGAGAUGAAGGUACCCUACCAUUAUCAAAAGAAACUAUCAAAGGAAAUA